AUGAAGAUUUUAAUGAGAGCCGAUACUCAUUACAGUAUAGUUGUAAGUGGAAGUGAAUAUGUUAAGCCGAAAUAUACAUUUUCUCAGGUGUUAGCUGCCGUCGCAGUAUCUAUGGGUUCCAUGAUCGUUGGUUAUUCCUCAGCCUACACAUCACCUGCCCUUGUCACCAUGGAAAAUAGCACAAGUAUAUCCGUCACUGAGGAACAAGCCAGUUGGGUUGGUGGACUAAUGCCGUUAGCGGCCUUAGCUGGUGGUGUGCUCGGCGGCCCGUUGGUUGACUACAUUGGCAGGCGAAAAACUAUACUACUCACAGCUGUACCCUUCUUUGUCGGUUGGAUUUUAAUAGCUACUGCAAGAAUUGUUCAUUUGGUACUCAUAGGACGUGCUAUAUGUGGAUUAUGUGUCGGCAUUGGAUCCCUAGCCUUUCCGGUAUACCUCGGAGAAACAAUUCAACCCGAAGUGAGAGGCACUUUAGGUCUAUUUCCAACAGCAAUUGGCAAUAUCGGUAUUUUAAUUUGCUAUACUGCUGGAAAAUACCUUGAUUGGUCACAAUUAGCGUAUCUAGGGGCGUCACUGCCAAUUCCAUUCCUUAUUCUUAUGUUCAUGAUCCCAGAAACUCCUCGAUGGUACAUAUUACGAGGAAGAAACGAAGAAGCUCGUAAAGCUCUCCAGUGGUUGAGGGGCAAAAAUACUAAAAUAGAUAAUGAAAUGCGUGAUAUAGCUCUUUCAGACGCUGAAGUUGGUAGCGAUUUGAAAUUUAAAGAGAUUUUGAAAAUGAAAUACAUGAAGUCUAUAUUGAUAGCUCUGGGUCUUAUGCUUUUCCAGCAGCUUUCGGGAAUUAACGCCGUGAUAUUUUACACGGUCAAAAUAUUUAAUAUGUCAGGCAGUUCCGUAGAUGGUAAUUUAUCAACAAUUAUUGUCGGAUUAGUCAAUUUUAUCUCAACAUUCCUAGCAACUGCUCUCAUAGACAGAGCUGGACGCAAAAUACUACUUUACAUUUCUUCGGUUACAAUGACCGUGACGCUAAUAGUUCUAGGAACUUUCUUUUACGUUCGAGACACAUUACAUAUGGACGUCACCAACUUAGGCUGGCUUCCACUGACAAGUGUAAUGUUUUAUUUACUUGGAUUUUCGUUGGCUUUUGGGCCGAUACCUUGGUUAAUGAUGGGGGAAAUUUUACCAGCAAAAAUCAGAGGUGGUGCAGCAUCUAUAAUUACUGCUUUUAAUUGGUUAUGCACUUUCACUGUUACAAAAACAUUUCACAAUAUCUUAGUAGCCAUCGGACCAGCUGGUACGUUUUGGUUAUUUGGUUGUAUUUGUUUUGUUGGACUGUUCUUUGUUAUAGUGUUUGUGCCUGAGACCAGGGGUAAAAGUCUUGAACAAAUAGAGAAUAAAAUGACAGGAAGAAAAGCAAGGUCACGCAGGAUGAGUUCGAUUGCGAACAUAAAACCACUACCAAAUGGAUGCUAG